AUGGAGACGAUCACACGCAUGGACACCAAUACCACAAACACAGCGGCCACAGACACGGGCGCGGGUGAGGCAAGUGGCAUAACGGCCAUAACAACGGUGGGUGCCACUGGCGGUGGCAUUGGUGGCAUCACCAGCUCGACAUCCAACAACGAUUGGCGCUCGGCGAUUGGCAUGCGAUCGGCGAGUGUUUAUAGUGCACCAGCUGCUGUGACCACAGCAGCACUGCCGGGUGACACCUCGGGCUAUGAUUCGAAUUCGUUGGCCUCGCAUGUCGGCUUCAACAAUCCCAGUGAUCUGCCCUCGUACACGCGUCCCUCUUACUCCCGUUCCGAGAGCAAUGCCUCGAAAAAGUCCGAUCUGGACAUUAUAUUCGGUGAUACCAAGGCAACGACAUCGACGACGACUCCAGGCCAUGCUAAAUAUACCCGGGCCGGCGGCUCAAUCUCGGAUGCGGACAUGAUCUUUGGCGGUCCACCCUCCAAUUACAAGAGUGAUCGCUUUGGUGCCGCCAAAAGCAUGAGCAUGAGUUCCAGUGGCGUUGCUGCAGGCUCCAGCCCUUAUAAGAUAUAUGAGGGUAUUCAGAAUGCGGCUUUCAGCGACUACAGCGAUUCGGGCAGCAUUGGCAGCAUUAGCUCGACUGGCAAGCGAUGGAGCAGCAAGCCUGAGGAGGAUGAUGAAUUGGAUUUAAAAUAAAUUCAAAACUAACACAAACACAAACACAAACACAUACAAACAUACACAUACACGCAUAUAAAAAGCAAAGAAAAGAAAACCUACAUAGCAUAAAUCAUACUACAUUCUAACUAUGGAAAAUCUGUCUUUAUUCUGCCUCCGAAGUUUCCUGGUUUCAUGAGAAUGAACAAAAGCAUGCACACAUACAUACACACACACACACAUACAUACACAUACGUACACACAUUUAUUCAUACACUGAACUGCAUCUGCAUUUGCAUCAGCAUCUUCAUUAAGUUACUAUCAUUUUCACUAACACAAUGCAGAUAAGUUAAAUAUGCUACAAUAUUUAUAUAAACUAUUUCCUGUUAAUCAAUAUUAAAUAUAUGUACGCAGUUAAAUAUCAUUUGCUAUAUAAAAAGGAAAAUCAAAUAUGAUAACUACUAUAAAGAAGAAAACGCUCUACACUAAACAAUGUAUAAUUAUAACCACCAAUGCAACAACAAUAAUAAUGCAAGUAAAUCCCAUUAUAAUGUGGAACUUCGAUGAUGACUUGACUGGUUUUGCAGCAUAUGAUAACGAGAGGAUAUUAGGGAUACUCGAAAAACGUUUUGAAACAUUUUCUAUUUGAAGCCAGAAAUAUUUAUAGUUAUUAUUGAGACAAAA